AUGACAUCUGCACUACGGCUUGUUCUGCUUGCGCUCUGGACAUUGUUAUGUACCUAUCCGGGCGUGCAAUGUCAAGGUCAAGUAUCAAUAAAAACGAACGGAACGGGCCCGUUGUCUCAAUACAAAUCUAGACCUGACAUUUACGCGCCGUUCCUGAAUAUCUCUCUGUUCGACGAAGACGCCGUGACUCCUGGUUAUAUUUUCCUCGGUCCAUACCAGACAUUUCAAGAGGCUAUCUACAUCUACGACAAUAGAGGGAACUUGGUGUAUUCGGGAUAUGGCUCAACUGGUGGUGGCCCUAGCCACAAUUUCCACCUCUGCAAAAUCAAUGGGACAGACAAUCUAUGCUAUAUAACCGGAGGCCAAAAUGUCGGAUAUGCUCGAGGCUACGCUGUGGUCUUAGACGACACUUUCACGGCCAAAACGUCGAUCCAUUCGCAAGCGGGUGUGGCCAAUUUUGACGAGCAUGAAUUCAAUGUCCUCCCCGACGGCUCGUCGCUAUUCACGCUUUACAAUCCGGAGCACUAUGAUCUGUCGGCCUACAAUAUCACAUCAGGGCAGGGUUGGAUUAUGAACAACUUCUUUCAACAUAUAGAGAUUGGCACCAGUCGACUGCUCUUCGAAUGGUCUGCCCUGGAUCAUGUACUACCCAAUGAAACGUUCGUGCUGCCAGACACGACAGAGGUUUCGGGGGAUGGCUUUGGACCGACGAGCCCCUGGGACUAUUUCCAUAUCAACAGCGUCGAUCAGAAUGCAGACGGAGACUAUCUGGUCUCUGCACGCCACACCUGUGCCCUAUACAAGGUAUCAGGACAAGAUGGGCACAUCAUUUGGCGCCUGGGUGGAAUCGCCUCCGACUUCACCUUCCCAGCAGGGCUUAAUUUCAGCUUCCAGCAUGAUGCAAGGUUCCGUGAGGAAAACGAAACCACCACUAUCAUCACGUUGUUCGACAAUGCGUCAAAUGGGUACAACCAGACUGCCCGCUACUCUUCUGGUUUAGUCUUGAAGCUCGACCAUACCACAAACUCGGUCACACUUCUCAAGAGAUUUAUUGCGCCAUACCAAUUUAUCUCCCAAUCGCAAGGCAACCUGCAGGUCCUUGGAAGCAAUCAAGAAUGGUCGACUUCCAACGUGUUCAUGGGAUGGGGCAAGAACGCUUUCAUAUCUGAGUACGCACCCGAUGGGCGAAUGGUCCAGCAAGGACAUUUCGCCACAGAGGGAUCGAUGCACUACCGCGCCUUCAAAUAUAAUUUCACCUCCAGUCCAACCGAUGCACCUGCUUUGUACACAUAUGCACACAAUACUAGUGCGCCGACAUCCUAUUGGAUGAGCUGGAACGGUGCCACGAAGGUUACUCAGUGGCGCGUUUACUCGAGUACGUCGCGCAACGGGCCGUGGACGGUGGUGGGCACCGUCCCUCGAAAUGGAUUCGAAACUAUGUUCACUGGACCCAACUACUAUCCUUGGAGUUUAGUCGAAAGCCUUGAUGGUAAUGGCAACCCAUUGAGGAACAGCACGAGACCGAUCAAGACAUUUGUACCCAGCGCGGAGCUGGCUGCAAACUGCAAUGGUUUAGGAUGCCCGACGGCUAGCACUGAUAGCACUGGAUCGCAAUCCUCAAGCCAGCCGAGCGCCGCGGCGACCAGUUCGAACGCUGGUGCUUUGAUACAAAAACGAAGCGGUGUGGACGGCAAGCUGGGAUUUGCUGCCAUGUUUGGCUUUGGAGCCAUGAUGGUAUAG